AUGAGGUCUUUGAGCAAUCUUGUCACUCUGGCACUCGCUCUUGCGGGCGGUGCCAGAGCCGCAGAGUACAACUCUUUCGAUGGCCCUGGCUUCCCCACUUGCUACGAUGUCACGGCAGUGCACAACGCCACGAGCUGGUUUCCCUCGUCCAGGCUGCCGCCGCCUCAGGGAAACAGGUUCGCGCAGGAGGAAAGGGUCACAUGGUAUGACACGCAGUGUGCCGACCUGCCAACCGAGAUCAUUAGGACAGAGCUUGUCAACCAGAUCUCCGACUUCGACCUCCCAGCAGGAGCCGAAUCCGGCACCGUGGUCGUUGAGGCUGGCGUGACCUUCUUCCAGCUGGCAGACUACCUGCACGCCCGUGGUGCCAACAUCGGCACCGGCCUCGUCAACUGGAACAUCUCCCUCGGCGGAAGCGUGGCCAUGGGUGCCCACCGGACCUCGCUCAGGGAGGAUGCUGUGGUAGUUGGCGGUGUUUUGUCCAUGGACAUCAUCGACGGCACCGGAACUAUCAGGACCAUAGAGCGAGACGAAUCCAACGACGAGUGGCUGGCAGCCUCAACCUCGCUUGGGCUCUUGGGCAUCAUUGCGAGGCUGAAGAUGAAGAUCUACCCAGAAACUGUGCUAUAUGCGAUGCAAAAAACUUUUGACGAGGAGGACGUUCUGAACGGAGACAUCGAAGCACUCAUAUCACCUUACCUGACGGCAAACCUCUGGCAGCUACUGCCCGCGAAGGAGCCCAAAGGAUGCAGCGGGCCGUACAAGAGAAAGUUCCAUCAAAGGUACUACGAUGUCGUCGGCCCCGAUGAUGUCAACCAGAACGGCCUGCAGUCGACCUUUUCCUUGACUGGGAUCGAGGCCGCCGCAGCCAUCUCCAUUCUUAACACGGGAAAGGCUCUUGCCACAUCCAACAUGCUUGCUGAGGAGAUCUUUUUCGGGAUUUGGGAGAAACCGAACUUCCACACCAAGGACACCAAUGAGGAGCUCACGACUUGGCCCGUGACAGGAUAUAACUAUGACGUUCUCAUCGGUGGCCUUUACCCGGAUCAGAAGGCAGAGUGGGAUUAUAACCUCCGCGGCUACACGUUGGAGCUCGCAUUCCCCGUUCCUCUUGCCAACAAGAUGUUGAAGCGGGUCAGGGAGCUGUUCGAUGCGCAGUGGAAAGAGAAGCUGAUUGUGAUGACCUCGACAUACCGAAGCGGCAUCAACAUCAAGUUCGGCAAGCCGCACUACGAUCUCCUUGGACAGGUGACCACAAACACCUCAGACGGUGCAGACUGGAGCAAAGGCGCGAUCAUGUUCGACUUCCCGAGCUUCAGGCCCAACAUUGGUGACCAGCUGCGUUUCAAUGAGCCAUUCUAUCACAAUCUAUCGCAGACACUCAUCAACGAGUUCCCCUGCAGGCCUCACUGGACUAAAAACACACGGGAAGUGCUCACGCAGUCUGUGAAGAACCUCGACCCAGACCACAUUGCUAGGUUCAAGGCCGUGCGGGAGGAUUUCGACCCGAAGGGGAUAUUCCGGAGUGUUGUAGGCGAAAUUAUUGGCGUGUACUGA